GAGGGAAUGAGAAAAAGGUACAUUGAUUUUCAACAGGUAAGGUCGUUGAGACCUCCGUCCAAUUUCGAUGAGUUCGAGAAUUUCUUCCUUCAUACAAAUCCUUUCUUAGAACAAACUCGCUCAACUCUCCAUUCCCAUUCCCAUUUCUCUCUUCAUUCCAAUGGCUCAUCUUCUCAACACCUCCUUCCUCCCCGCCUCCUCCCCUUCUCUCCGCCCAACGCCUUUUCUCCCACCCUCGUUUCACUCUAUACGCCGCCCUCUCCAGGUCCAAGCCAAGAUCCGCGAGAUCUUCAUGCCUGCUCUCAGCUCCACCAUGACUGAGGGCAAGAUUGUAUCUUGGAUCAAGACUGAGGGCGACAAGCUCGCCAAGGGUGAGAGUGUUGUCGUUGUCGAGUCCGAUAAGGCCGAUAUGGACGUUGAAACCUUCUAUGAUGGCUAUCUCGCUGCCAUUAUGGUCGAUGAAGGUGGCGUUGCCCCUGUUGGAUCUGCAAUCGCUCUUUUGGCUGAGACUCAGGAUGAGAUUUCUGAGGCUAAGUCUAGAGCUGCCAACCCUUCUGCUUCUCCGGCUUCGGCACCUCCGCCGGACAAGAGUCCUGAAAAUGUAGUUGCUACCCCUGCGGCACCGGUUAUGGUGGCGAAGGCGGCCGCUGCUCCGGUUGUUGUGGCUUCCACUCACCCUGCAUCUGAAGGGGGGAAGAGAAUUGUGGCGUCUCCGUAUGCCAAGAAACUGGCUAAGGAGUUGAAUGUGGAGCUGGCGACGGUGGUGGGGACUGGGCCAUUGGGGCGAAUUGUGGCUAAGGAUGUUGAAGCUGCGGCGACUUCUGCUGCUGCUAGCGCAGUUUCGGCUCCGGGAGGCGGUGUGAAGCCCGCCCCAUCCCUGGAGUUGGGCACCACUGUGCCGUUUACCACAAUGCAAGGGGCGGUGAGUAGAAACAUGGUUGAGAGUCUCGCGGUGCCCACUUUCAGAGUGGGGUAUACCAUUACAACAGAUGCACUUGAUGCUCUUUACAAAAAGAUUAAAUCAAAGGGAGUGACCAUGACAGCGUUGCUUGCCAAGGCUACGGCUCUGGCUUUGGCUAAACAUCCUGUAGUAAAUUCAAGUUGUAGGGAUGGUAAGAGCUUUACUUAUAAUAGUAGCAUCAAUAUUGCAGUUGCCGUGGCCAUUGAUGGUGGCUUGAUCACACCAGUUCUUCAAGAUGCGGAUAAGGUGGAUAUUUAUUCUCUGUCUCGAAAGUGGAAAGAGUUAGUCGAAAAAGCUAGAGCCAAGCAGCUGCAACCUCAGGAAUACAAUACUGGUACAUUCACUCUCUCUAACCUUGGAAUGUUUGGUGUGGAUCGAUUUGAUGCAAUUCUGCCUCCCGGAACUGGAGCAAUCAUGGCUGUUGGAGCAUCUAUCCCUACGGUUGUGGGUACUAAAGAUGGUCGAAUUGGCAAGAAAAACCAAAUGCAGGUAAAUGUAACAGCGGAUCAUCGAGUAAUCUACGGUGCAGAUCUUGCCACUUUCUUGCAAACCUUGGCAAAAAUAAUUGAGGACCCUAAAGACCUAACACUAUAGUUUUACUUGCAUUUUAACCCCCAAUUUUCUUUUCUUCUCUCUUUAGUUUUCUUCUUAUGAUUUGAUGUUCUUUUUUCCCACACAUAUUUGAGUCAGAUGUGAUCUCCAUAAAAUGUGGUAGAAACUUUAAAGUAAGAAAUUGUUCUCAAUAUCUGUUGUUGCUCAUGUUCAGAGAAGAACAAAAGCAGAAUUUUGAAGGAUGAACUAUUAUUUGUGUUUUUGUUUUUCUUUCUAAUUGAGUUGUAUUUAGAACUUAUUUUCACGUGGUAUUCAUAUAUUUAUUUUCUUCAUGUUGGAAA